AUGCCAAACACUAUAGAUAAAUCUUUUGUAGAGAAUGGUCCUUGGAAACCUAACAUGUUCUUUGGUAAAGUAGUUUUUGUCACUGGAGGGGCUGGAACAAUAUGCAGGGUUCAGACUGAGGCGAUGGUUAUUUUGGGUUGUAAAGCCGCCAUUGUGGGGAGGAAUUUGGAGAAGACCAAGAAAACAGCCGCUGAGAUUGCUUCGCUUGUGAAUGAUGAUCAUGCUGUUUUGCCUAUAUCUGGUGUCGAUGUUAGAAAUGUGGAACAGUUGCAUGAAGCAGUCAAACUCACUGUCCAGAGGUUUGGAAGGGUAGAUUAUGUGAUAGCAGGCGCUGCUGGUAACUUUUUAGCUGAUUUCACACAUCUAUCGGCAAAUGCUUUCAAGUCUGUCGUUUCAAUAGACUUACUGGGUAGUUUCAACACAGUGAAGGCAUGUUUCCCAGAAUUAGUCAAGACAAAGGGUGCCGUUUUGUUUGUUAGUGCAACGUUACAUUACUACGGGGUACCAUUUCAAUCUCACGUAGGCGCUGCAAAAGCAGGGAUUGAUGCUUUAUCAAACUCUUUGGCCGUCGAAAUGGGGCCUCUAGGAAUAAGAUUCAACGUUGUAGCUCCGGGUGCCAUUGCCAAUACGGAGGGGUUGUCCAGACUCACAAAAAAGGGAUCAGAGUCUUCGAGUGAUCUGACCAAGAUGAUUCCAUUACAAAGACUUGGAACAACUGUAGAUAUUGCUAACACUACUGUUUUCUUGUUCUCUCCAGCUGCAUCUUAUGUAACUGGUGCUACGCAUGUAGUAGAUGGCGGUGCAUGGCAUGUUGGAAGUCAAAUAACGAAGGAUUUAUAUCCACAAGAGUUACAUUACAACUUCAGCGCUAAACUCUAA